CCUAUUUUUAUUUCAUAUUUUAGCUCAGUUUACAUUAGAUUUUAAUAUUAAAAUCAUAAUAUUAUGUAUACACUUAAUCUAAAAUACUACUGUAAUCUAUAAACAAGUUAGUAAUUUGCAAUUGCUUAUUCAGUAGCCGUUUAAAAUGAAAAUUGCAAGGUAUAAGAAAGCACAAAAGUACUUAAAAUUCUACUACAAUAAUUAUGGAUUCCACCAACCCUAUCAGGUGUUGAUUGAUGGGACUUUUUGUUUUGCUGCAUUCAAAGAGCACAUCAACAUAAAGGAUCAGAUACCAAAGUACCUCAAUGGGAAAGUAAAACUGCUGACUACUAGGUGCAUCAUAAAGGAAACUGAGAAAGUCGCUAAGAAGGCGCAAGGAGCAUUGACAAUCUUAAAACAAUUUGGCUUGCAUGAGUGCGACCAUAAAGAACCUCUAGCAGGUUCUGAUUGUAUCAUGUCUAUGAUUGGUAAAUGUAACGAUAAGCAUUAUAUCCUAGCUACUCAGGAUCGAGAUUUACAAGACAAACUCCAAAGAAAAGCUGGUGUUCCACUUCUCUACCUUCACAACAAAUCACCCACGUUACAGAAACCAUCAAAAGCCAGCUACAGUAAAGCUGGACAAGUAUUAACAGCUGACGCCCACAUAUUUAUAAGCGAAACACAAAAUGAAAUAUUGAAGAAUAUGAAAAAAGCCCUCGGUGUUGAAGAACCCAAAUUACCAGAGAAAAAAAUUAUUAAAAAACCACACAACCCUAAUCCGCUAUCCUGCAAAAAGAAGAAAAAACCAGAUGCCAAUAAAAUGAAAAAAGAUAGCGGUGUAAAGGAAGGGAAAGUAAGAAAGAGAAAGAAAAAUAAACAAAAUAAAAUUCGAAUAGGCGUACAAAACAAAUAAAUUAUGUAUUAUAUAAUAUGAGGUACUGUACAUUAUUUCAUUUUAUAUACAUGUCUAAAAUACCUUGACUAGUUUAAAAUUUAAAUAAUUCUUAUGGUUCUCUAGAUCAAGCAAAUAGGUUUAUAUUGUUGUAGGGGUUUACUUCGAAAACAAUAAAACUAAAACUUUCAGAGAACAAAUCUUUAUUUGUAACUUAACCUUAAAACAAAACAAACUUACAAACAGAAAAUUAGAACAGAGUCAGAUAAAUCCAAAAAAAUGUUUCUGAUGUACAUUAUGUAUUAUUGUAAUGUAUACAACUAAAACAUAUUAGUGCAAGGUCGCGCUUUUCAAUCAAUAAUGUUAUUUACGAGAUUUAUAAAAAUGAUUCGCAUUUUCUAAUAUCUUAUGUAUUUCAGUUACACUUUUAGAU